AUGUCGUCUCGUCCUAUUUUUGUCGUCGCAGGCGUGGGCAACGGCACCGGUGCGUCUGCGUUCCCUCUGCGCGUCUUCUCCAAGGCGGGGUACCGCAUCGCGCUCAUCGCGCGCGGCUCUGACAAGCUGAACAAGCUCGCGGCCGAGCUCAGCCAAGACGGUGGUGAGGCCGCCACGUUCCCAAUCGGCGCAUACACCUACAAGGAAGUGCAGACCGCGUUCGCCGCGGUCCGCGCGCACUGGCCAGACGCGGAGGUGCGCGUCGCGCUGUACAACGCGGGGUACGGCGUGCGCAAGCCGUUCCUCGAGCUCACCGAGGCGGAGGUCGCGGAGAGCGUCGAGACGCAGGUGACGGCUGCGUUCGGGUUCGCGCGUUCGGCGCUGCUCGCGUUCCAGGCGCAGGCGCUCGACGCGCGCGGGAAGCGCGGGACGCUGCUGCUCACGGGCGCGACGGCGUCGUGGCGUGGGAACACGACGACGGCGGCGUUCGCGGCGGGCAAGUUCGGCCUGCGCGCGCUGUCGCAGAGCCUGAGCAAGGAGUUUGGGAAGCAGAACAUACACGCGAUCAUCGAUGGAGGCAUCCUGACCGACCGCUCGCGCGGCCGCGGCCCCGAAUGGGAAAGCAACCCCGACAUCAGGCUCGACCCCGAGAGCAUCGCGAAAUCCUACCUCUAUCUCGCGGAGCAAGACAGGUCUGCGUGGACGUGGGAGCUCGAUCUCCGCCCUGCGCACGAAACGUGGUGA